AUGGCUGCCCCCAUGGACCUGGAGUUGAAAAAGGCUUUCACAGAACUACAAGCCAAAGUUAUUGAUACUCAGCAGAAGGUGAAGCUUGCAGAUAUACAGAUCGAACAGCUAAAUAGAACAAAAAAGCAUGCACAUCUUACAGAUACAGAAAUUAUGACUUUGGUAGAUGAGACUCACAUGUAUGAAGGUGUAGAGAGAAUAUUUAUUCUUCAGUCCAAGGAAGUAAUUCAUAACCAGCUGUUAGAGAAACAGAAGAUAGCAAAAGAAAAAAUUAAGGAACUGGAAUCUAUCCGCCCACCUCUGCAAAGUUACUGUGUCCAGAUGUACCAACCAAGUAGUCAAGUUGUUUGA